CGCAAGCGCGGGCGCGUCCUUGCACGUAUGGACUCGCGCACGCGCGCAAGGGCGGGAGGGCACAGGCACGACAAGGCGACCGAAGUGCCACCCAGGUGCUCUCCCCCGUCCGCAGGGGUGGUUCUCUCAGUUAGUGCCUUUGUUUUGUCCUCAAAUCACAUUUGCUCUAAUUGUUGUCACAAUGACCAAGUCUUUCUCUGGCAAGUCUCUUGGCAUCAACGCCGGUCACAUCGUCACCGUCCGCGAGCUCCCCACCCGCCCCGUCCAGCGCAAGGGUGUCGUCUCCAAGCGCGUGAAGCACGUCCGUGAGCUCAUCCGUGAGGUCGCCGGUCUUGCCCCCUACGAGAAGCGCAUUAUCGAGCUUCUGCGCGUCGGCAAGGACAAGCGUGCCCGCCGCCUCACCAAGAAGCGCCUCGGUACCCUCGUCCGCGCCAAGCGCAAGGUCGACGAGAUGUCCGCCAUCCUUGUCCAGCAGCGCCGUGGUGCCUAAAUGCGUGCCUACGACACUCCUCCAGCUUUCUCUCUUGGAUUCAUACUCAAUAAACGCCUGCGCGCGCGCAUUUCCUCGAGCAGGAGACCCUCUUGUUCCACGAGAGAGCAGCAACCGCACAAGGCGUGGAUGGACUUCCCUUUCUGUUCUUCUCCUCCUCACUCUGUCUCUGCCCAUCUUCGUGCCCCUCUCGCGCGCCCCUGUCUUGCCGCUGGCGGUUUUUGGCUCCUCCCUCCUCCUUCGCCUCGGUCUCUCCCCGUCGUCGCCGUGUGCGCGCCGGCCAGGGGAGGGAGAAGGUGCAGACGCGUCGUCGGGCAACGCGCGGCGGUCGGGGAGGGGGGGCGAGUAGCCGAG